UGCGGUAUCACGCCGUUGAUACGAACGGCUCGCGUGUAUUCAUGAUAGCUAGUGGUUGUUUGAGCGUCGUUAAAUAAUCAUGUUUUGCUAAAUAAAAAUAGUAUUCUGUUAUUACGUUGACAACUCUCAUUAUUGAUCGAAACAAACUGAUUCGGUUGAAUAUUUAGAGCAUAUUAUUUGACCUACUUUGAAGCAUGACUCCCACGAACGGCGAAGGCCCGGAGCCACCAGAGAUCGUGGUGUUAGAUGGGGGGUUCUCCACGCAGCUGUCCUGCCACGUCGGCCACGUCAUAGACGGAGACCCGCUGUGGAGCGCGCGCUUCCUCUACACACAUCCCGAUGAAGUAGUCAAUACUCAUCUUGACUUCUUAAGAGCGGGAGCAGAUUUAAUAAUAACGAACACUUACCAGGCGUCGGUGGAGGGCUUCGUUGAGCACCUGGGCGUGACGAGCGAGCAAGCGUACGAGCUGAUCGUGCGCGCCGUCGAGCUGGCUAAGCGCGCGCGCUCGCUCUACCUCGAGGAGUACCAGGACUACGUACAGAACGAUCGUAUACCGCUGAUUGUGGGGUCUGUGGGUCCUUACGGGGCACACCUACACGACGGCUCGGAAUAUGAUGGCAGUUACGCAGAUACUACGUCUGUUGAGACCAUGAGAGCUUGGCACAGACCCCGAGUCCAGGCUUUGGUCGAGGCUGGAGUCGACCUGUUAGCUUUGGAAACAAUACCCUGUCAAGAAGAAGCCGAAAUGCUAUGCGACCUUCUUAGGGAAUUUCCUCAUAUAAAAGCUUGGAUCGCAUUCAGCUGUAAGGACAAUCAAAGUAUAGCACACGGCGAAAGUUUCCAGAAAGUAGCAAAGAAAUGUUGGGAAACGAACCCUGACCAGUUAGUGGCCGUGGGAGUGAACUGCUGCGCGCCCUCCUUUGUGUCGAACCUCGUGAAAGGCUUCAACGACGACCGGCCACACGCCCCCAUUCCGCUUAUCGUUUACCCCAAUUCGGGCGAAAAAUACAACCCCCAAAUAGGGUGGAUAGACCGUGACAAGUGCGAAGCUGUAGAGGUGUUCGUCCAGGAGUGGCUGGAGCUGGGCGUGCGGUAUGUGGGCGGCUGCUGUCGCACGUAUGCCGCCGACGUGUCGCGGAUCCGCAACCAAGUGCACUGCUGGCGCGACCGGUGGCGGUUCCAACUUAAAUACCCCAACGCUCAAAACAACAACACGGAGUAAUCUGCUCACCUAUAGUUCCUAGGUCUUAUUACAACGUUUCACUGUCCCUUCGAAUUUUAAAUGAUUAUUUGAACACCGGUUGCAGAUUGUUUCUUUGCUAGGUACUUGACUGAGAUUUUGAACAAAGCGUUAGUAAAUCUCGGCUAUGUAAACAGAAUCCCAACAGCAAA